GCUAACUUAAUAUUGUUUCAAAGACUUUAAUACAGGACCUUGUUUAAUAUUCCAAAUUUAAACUUUGUUAAAGUCAUUAAAUAGAAUUUUAUUUUUUAAAGGUAGAUUCUAUAGAUUGAUGCCUAUUUAUAUAAAAAUAAGUUAUAAAAAACCUACAUAGUAUUUUUUAAAAGCAUUUUUUAUAAUUAGUAUCAAUUUAACUUUAGAUUAAAUUUAAAUUGAACGCUAUUAAACCAUAACAUAAAUAUUGUUUUUUUUUAAAAAUAGAAAUUAUGGCACAUACAUUUUUGAGAGAUUUACCAUGGAAAAAAUGUAAGAAAGAGAAAUAUAGACUAGCAACAUUCAAAAACUAUCCAGAAAACUUUAAAAUAUUCCCUAGCCAUUUGGCUUCAGAAGGAUUUGUGUAUUUAGACAAUGGCAGCGUACACAAUUUGAAGUGUUGCUUUUGCCGCAAAGUUUUCUCUGCUGAUGAAAGAAUCCACGAUCAUCAUAGAUCUACAUCACCUCAUUGUCCCAUGGUGACAAAAGCAGACUGUGAAAAUAUUCCAUUUAAUUUUAAUAAGCACGUUGACCUCAGGAUAAGAGAAACACUUGAAGACACAGCACAGAUAGUUAAAACAUAUCAACAUGGGACAGCUCCAUUGUCUAGUUCAGAUACAGGUAAUAAAAAAUCUACAGAAGUAGUUCCCUGUGGAUCUCAUCUUAAGAUAACAGUCUGGAAUCCUUGUAACCCUGAUUUUACUCAAAUGUCUCAGAGGCUUAGCAGUUUUUUUUCUCCUUCCGAAAUGCUCAAGAGGAGGUCAAAAGAAUUUGCAGAUGCAGGAUUUAUUUAUGCUCAGCUAGAGGACAAUAUGAUCUGUUUCUAUUGUAAUAAAUCAAUACGUCACUGGCGUGAAACAGCUAAUCCGUAUGUUGAGCAUGCUAAACUUGCACCAAACUGCGACUAUGUCAAUAUAAGAAUGUCAGAUUCAUUCGUACAAGACGUACAGCAAAUAACCCGACAUCAUCCCUCCGAAGUACAGUCCAAUACAGCGAGUCCAGUUAAAGAUGCUUUGAGGAAGUUUUCUGCCAGUUUGCCAGUAGAAACUUGUCAUCCUGCAGUUUCAAAUAUGUGUCGCAUCUGCAACAAAAGACAAAAGUCAGUGUUGUGUUUACCAUGUCACCACUGGGUUAUCUGCAUAGACUGUGCUGGAACAAGAACAUGUCCAGAAUGUAGAAAACCUGUGACACAGAUAGCUAGAGCUUGUAUCAACUAA